UUUCCCGCCAUUUUCAGCUUGGGUACCCCGAACGCGUACUUUUGAUGAUCAAUGUGAAAAACACGUAUGCGAAGUGGGAUUUAAACCGAAGAUGGCGGCACCAAAUGGUGAGGAAUUAGACAUAAAACAACGGUUCGAGGAACUUUGCCUUGGCCUAAAUCUAGACGAUGUAUCCGGUAGAGAGGCGUGGGACACGUAUGAGAGAAUUAGCGUCAAUUAUACGCUUGAGGGGGACAAUCUUCACUGGCUUGUGUGUGCCCUGUACGUCGCUUGUCGGAGAUCCACCAUUCCAACCGUCGGAAAUGGCACCGUGGAAGGAAACUGCGUAUCACUGACUCGUCUGCUGAGAUCCUCAAGACUAAGUGUGAUCCAGUUUUUCAACAAGAUGAAAAAAUGGGAGGAUAUGGCCAACCUGCCCCAGCAGUUCCGAGACAAAGUGGAGCGUCUGGAGCGCAACUUCAACGUCUCCACCGUCAUUUUCAAGAAGUACCAACCCAUAUUUCAGGACAUAUUCAUAUUCAAGGACGCAUCGGGCGAACAGCCUCGAGUACCAAGGGGACGCAAACAAAGGAGGCAGCCUUGCAAUUAUUCAGACCUUUUCUCCAUCUGCUGGACACUGUUCAUCCUCAUCAAAGGCAAUUUCCCCGCAAUCAGCGACGACCUAGUCAACUCCUAUCACUUGCUGCUGUGUUGCCUGGAUCUCAUAUACUCCAACGUCCUGUUGGCCAACAGACGCGACCUUUUGAACCCUGAGUUCACAGGUCUCCCAGAGAAUUUCUCGAGUCGUAACUAUGCCGUGCCGCCCGAUCCCCCCUGCAUCAUUGAGAGGCUGUGUGAUCUCCACGACGGUCUGGUGCUAGAAGCUAAAGGCAUCAAGGAACACUGGUGGAAGCCACACAUACGCAAGCUCAUCGAAGAUCGGAUUCUGCGAGGCAGCUUGGACAAACUGGUCGGCCUGCUCGAUGUCACAAGCUUCGAGUUGAACAGUAAGAGCAUCAACAAAGAGUACGAGGAGUACGUCUUGACCAAGGGAGACUUUGACGAGCGCAUCUUCCUGAGCGACGAUGCCGAUGAGGAGAUAGGAACGCCGGCCAAGUCCCCGGCCGUGAAACACGCCACCAGUCUGAGUGAUAAGAUGCAGGCCAAACGCAAGAUGCCACAGUACAUAGAGAAGGUGAAAACCCUGUGUCCCCAGACCCCUUUGACGGGUCGUCACUACCUGAAGGAGAAGGAUCCCAGCAUCACCCCGGUCUCCACGGCAACGCAGACAGUCAGCCGUCUCCAGGCGAUGCUGUCCGGAUGCAAGGCGGGGCCCAGCGAGGAACUGCAGACGGUGUUCAAAGAAUGCAGCCAUGAUGUGACCGAGUCCAUUGUCGGUCGCAUCAAGGCCAUGGGAGAGACCUUCUGCCAACGCUACACGCAGCAGGAGGAUGGGACAGGACCCCCGCUGGACUUUGCCAAGCGACGACUAACGCUGGCCAUCAAGAUGUACUACAAGGCGCUGGAGAACAUCAUCAUCAGCGAGAAGAAACGGGUCGAACAGAAAGGCAAGACGGACUUAUCGUCGUUAUUGGAGCACGAUAUCUUUCACCGGUCGUUGCUGGCCUGCUGUCUGGAAGUCAUCAUCUUUGCUUAUAAUUCACAGAAGACGUUUCCGUGGAUACUUGAAAUCUUCGAUCUUCCAGCGUUCCAUUUCUACAAGGUCAUUGAGCUGUUACUGAGAGCCGAAGACGUUUUGUCGAGAGACAUUGUCAAACAUCUGAACCAUGUUGAGGAAGAGAUACUGCAAGACCGUGCCUGGCGAAGCGACUCCCCGAUUUGGGACGCCCUGCGGGACUCCAAGGACGGCCCGCCGUCCUGCGAAGAUGUCUCUGUCACCACGCAGACCGACGCGAAUGCCCGGACCAACGGGGGCGCAUCUCAGCCCUACCGCUCGCCCGUCAUGCACCAGCGCGUCCGCAUGCUCAUGGAGACUGACCCCGCUGCUAAGAAAGAUGCCCUUCUUCAGUCCCCGACAUCAGCUCGUGAUCGUUUCAGCUCCCCCUCACCGGGAAGCGCCAAGCGACGCCUGUUUGCCGUUGCGGUGCCGGCCGAAGAGUCAUCACCCACUGCGACUUCAUCAUCAUCGUCGUCACCCGACGGUGGUAAGACAGCCAGCAGAGCCAACGGCUCUGUCGCUGGCCAGAAAUCCCUGGCCGAGACCACGCUGGAGAGCGGGGUGACGGUCAGCGUCAAGCCUAAGUCCAUCACCCUGACGCAACCCAAGGCCAAGACGGCGAUGCAACCCCAGACGGUCACGGUGACAAUACAGGGUAUCAAAGACAAAGACGGUAACAUCAAGUUUGUCUCCAGCCCCAUCAAGGUCACCACCAUGCCCACAGUCCCUCAACGGGCCCAAGCCACACCCCCGAACGCCUCCCCUUCACCCCUGAAAUCAUCGCCCUCGACGGAGGCUAAAACGUCGCCGAUCAAAGUGGAGCCGGGUACCAGGACCACGCCUACCGGGCAAGGUGCGGAAGGGGAGCAGCUGGCGGUGGCAGUCAAUAAGCCUAAGCGGACCGGUUCGGUGGGACUGUUCUUCCGGAAGGUCUUCCACUUGGUCAACGUCCGCCUGCUAGACCUCGCCCACAAGCUGAACCUGACGGACGACCUGCGGCGUAAGACGUGGACCUGCAUCGAGCACUCGCUGACCAAGCACGUGGAUCUGAUGAAGGAUCGGCACCUGGAUCAGCUCAUCAUGUGUGCAAUAUAUCUCAUGUGCAAGGUGACCAAGGAAGACAAGAAGUUUCAGGACAUCAUGAAGGCCUACCGUCGGCAGCCUCAGGCCCAGAGCAGCGUCUACCGCAGCGUCCUUCUGCAGGAUCGCCGUCAGAACUCUGCCAAUGGCAGCAACGGGUCUCGCCAGAGCUCGCCGGAUGCCGACAAGCAAAAAGUCGAAACAAACCCCAAUCCCCAUACCCUGAGAAUGCGGUCAGCCAGCACCCUGCCCGCCCCUCAUCCCGGUAGUGCCCCGCCCACCCCUACACGUAUGGCCGGCACCAGCUCAUCGUUUGAAGACGAGGAUAGGGGGGACCUGAUCACCUUCUAUAACUCCGUUUACGUCAGGAGAAUUCAGGCCUUUGCCCUUCGCUUCGCGCCAAGCGAGGGCAGUCAGGAGAACCUAGAAGCACCCUCGUUGUCGCCCAUGCCAGUGAUCAGGGCGCACCCGGCCUCGCCGCGCCGGGUGUCUAGUCGCCACGAGCUGUACAUCAGCCCGCACGCCAACUCCAUCCCUACUAGUCCCAACAAGGGCAUGCUGUAUUACAUCAACAAGAGCCCUGCCAAGAACCUGCGAGAAAUCAACAACAUGAUCCGGCGGGGCGGUGAGCGACAGACCCCCAAGCGCGUCCUGCCCCUGGGCGAGGGCAUGGACAGCUCGCCCAAGCGUAUGUGCCUGGAGCCUAACCCGCUGGCCCAGCGACUGAACAGCCUGAAAUCUGACCGAUGAGGAUGGAAGACCCAACCCCAAUCGACUUGACAGCAUUGCAUCCCUGGCUCAGAAAGAAGGAAAGUGAGCAACUUUUCUUGUGGGUUCUUCUUUAAAUUAAUUUAGUGUCCAAAGUGCGAUAUUUUUCCUGUUCCUAUUACCUCCGAAACUUGUCAGUUUGCCAUUAAGAAUGACUUCAAACGAUGUUUUAUUUGUCGUUCGCUGUGAAUAACGACCGAGGACAGCUGGAUUAACCCUAACUCCCUAGGCAUUUUGCUAGGAUGCAACCUCAAUCCUGCAAAAUCCUCCAACUGCCUCCAUGUAAAAAUUGCAUUAGCAUCAAUCCUCCAAAAUCCUCUGUUAUUUCUUGAAUGUGGUCCUUGGAGGGGCGACCACUGCCUCAAUCCUGCAAAAUCCUCCAUGAUCACUGUCAAAUGCGUUGAGGCAGAGCCAGUGACAUUCUGGAGCAGUGCGGAGGAUGUCAAGCAUAAUCUAGGCCUACAUUUUUGCACGGCUGAGCAUAAACAACACAAGGUCCGGCCCAAGACCGUGAAACAGUGCAUUCUCCCAAAUCAGCUGCACAUUUUUGCCAUGUAGCCUUAAUCUUUUGAAAUCCUUCACUUAUGCAAGGAGGAUUUUGGAGGAUUUGGGAAGGUUAGGAUUAAGGAGUGCAUCAAAAUUUUAAAAUCAUAGAUGUCAGGUGUAACAAGGACGGGGGAAAAAGUGGACCCCAGAUUUACAAUGUAUAGAACAACCCAUAAAUCUGAGAUACAAACUUUUGCAGUGGCAAGGAGUUCAACUUAUAUCUCCAAAAAAAUCACAUUGUGGGAUUGUGAAAUUUCGGCAACUAAUUGACACUUGAUAUGUAACAUUUCUGAGACUACAGUGGGCAAGGAAUUGCUGAUGUAGGACAUUGGAUUCAUUUUCUGAUUCCAAUUCCAACCAAGUUUGAUUUCUAGACGACUACGAUUCAAUAAAUGUAAAAUUCCUGAGCUCACUUUUUCCUUGUGGGUAGCAUUUUUGUUUUUAAUCAUGGGGAAUAACUUUUUUUUUUUAAUUUGUUUGUUACUUUGCCUAUGAAGAAAUUCAACCUCUUUUUUUCUUCUCAUGUCCAUGAUCGGAGUACUCAUUUAUCAAAAUGUGGGGAAAAUUAUGUACAUAACCUUGUUGUGUGUGAAUCUUAAAAAGACAUGGUUUUAGGCGGUGCUACAAGAACACGUGUAGAUGAAAAAUUGAAAACCUGCAUUUUUCUGUACCGUGUAUAAAGAGAACCCUUGAAACAUUUCAUUUUUAACGAGCAAGUUGUCUGUAUUUUGAUGAUUUUUGUUUAAAUUGUUUCAACAAAAACUUUUUUGUUGUUGAUUUUAAUCAGUUGCCAGUAUGCAGUUUUGCAGUAUUUUACAAAUUGUUUUUAAAUGUUUGUCCAGACAAAAAUGUCCAAAUUUUUGUGGAUAUUUGAAGUUGAUUUGCGCAUAUUACGCAGCUGUUGAAAUACAUGUAAGAACUAAAGCAUUGUUUUGAGGUUGCCUUCGUUGUAUUAUACUUUUCCCAUUGAAUGGGUAAUAAUUUGUUUUCAGUGAACGGAAGCAAGUUUUACCUUUGACAUUCUGUUUUUCUGUACAGUUUCUGCAAAACAUUUUAAUUUUUUUAAACAUCGGCCAGUAUAAGAAGAGUCUUGCUUUUUGAGAAAUGUUCUGGCUUUUGAUAGCGAAAAAAAAAUCAGUGAAAUAUUUGUUGGCCAUUUUGUUUGCAUUUCAUGCACUCUUGCUGUCGCAAGAGUUCAGACGUGUUCUUGGUGUAAAAAUAUUGUAAUUAAAACUUCCUAUACAAAAUCUUUUUGUAGAAAGAAAAAAAAAUCUCUUUUCAGAUAUCUAGGUAUUUUUGUAGUUGGCUAGGACUUUUUGCAAAUUUGGAGUCCAGUAUUUUUUUUAAGCCUUUCCUUAAAAAGUAUUGAAAGUAUCUAAUGAUCAUGAACUUUGAAUUCUUUAGUUUGCAUUUCACGGAGUGUAGUCAUCUUUUGUAAAAGCUGCCCUGUAAUAUUUCCUAACCACAACUGUAUGUAUUCUAGAAGCUAUCAGAAGCUGACAAUGUAUUAAACUAUGCUCUUUGAAUAAAAAGGAUAGAGGACAGGGUGAAUGCAUUCAUUAUUCAUCCGUGUUGUGAAA